AUGUGCGUUAAAAAAAAGAAUAAUCACGCAGAUGGAGGCGAAGUAAAAAGCCGAACAACUGAUGGUGAGAAAGGAAAAAAAUGUGAAGGACGACCACGUGUUUUCUUCGACAUUACUAUUAAUAAUCAAGCAGCAGGACGUAUUAUCAUGGAACUUUUCAAUGACAUAGUACCCAAAACAGUAGAAAAUUUCCGUUGCUUAUGUACCGGUGAAAAAGGUAUAGGCAAACUUGGAAAACCUUUACAUUACAAAGGUUGCAAAUUUCAUCGAGUUAUUCCUGAAUUCAUGUGUCAAGGAGGCGAUUUCACAAAUGGUGAUGGUACCGGAGGAGAAUCGAUUUAUGGAGAAACGUUUGAAGAUGAAAAUUUCAUCGAAAAACAUACUGGGCCAGGAAUUCUAUCAAUGGCGAAUGCCGGUCCAAAUACUAACGGUUCUCAAUUUUUCCUGUGUACUGCUAAAACUGACUGGUUAGAUGGAAAACACGUUGUGUUUGGAAGGGUUGUGGAAGGAAUGGAUGUAGUGAAGAAAAUUGAGGCUGUCGGCUCCGAAUCCGGCGAAACAUCACAAGAAGUUAUCAUUGCUGAUUGUGGCGAACUUUGA